AUGGAUGCAUUCAAGCUGUUGACUCGGUCAACCAAAUUGAAGCCUGCUGCUUCAAAAGCAGACUCUUCUCGUCUGCCGUCAGCCGGCAAAGCUGCCAACCCGCAGCUUUUCCGCACUGCCGACGCCGACGAGCUCGAGGCUGCCAAGAGCGGCAAAAAAAGAAAGAGAAACUCUGCUCCUCAGCAAGAUGAAGAUGAUGUGCCUGAGCUGGACUUUUUCAGUUCAAACAAACGCCCUGCAACCAUUGUGACAGAGACCGCUGCUGCGAUCGAGGACAGCGCUGAAAAGGUGUCUGAAGAUGUCGCAUCUGAUGAGGACUCCAUGGAUGAAGUGCAGCGUCGCACAAUCUUGAACUCUCACAAGAUUAAGGUGACUGAUUUGCGCGACAUGGAUGAGAUUCAGCCCCAGCCAGAAUCGGCCAAGGAUCUCAAGAAAAAGAAGAAGUCCAAGAGGGAAGAAGCUCCUGUUCUCAGCAAGAAAGAGCAGAAGCGCGCCAGACGUCUGUUCCCCGAGCCUUUGCUUUCUUUCAAGGAGCUUCGGUCCAAAUAUAAGAUUUCCUCGCGCCUCGCAGAGAACGUCGCGGAUCAAGGAUUUACUGUGCCUACAGAAGUUCAACUCGGUACUCUUCCGUUGCUUCUCGGUGAAGCUUCUGAGCCGGAUCUUCUUAUUGUGGCCCCGACUGGCAGUGGUAAGACACUGUCAUUCUUGAUUCCUGUAAUCAACAAGAUUGUGCGACACCACCACUCCAGCCCCGACGAGCACGGCAUUCUGUCGGUGGUUGUGGCGCCUACCAAGGAACUCGCAAGUCAGAUUGUCAACGAAGGCCGAAAGUUAGUUUCUGGAACCGGUGUGAAAAUCACGCUGAUGAGAAAGGGAAUGCGCGUCAGCGAAGAAGGCAACGCGGAUGUCCUAGAAGAGAGUGAUGCGCCAUCUGGAACCGACGAUGAAGAUGCCGACAGUAAGCCAUCAAAAGACCAAGCUAAUAUUCCAUUGACCAAGAGUGAUAUUCUCGUCACCACACCUUUGAUGUUGGUCAAUGCUCUCUCGGCGAACCGGACCAAAACUAUGGCAACCCUGCCUCUAGUGCGGAGCCUCGUCAUGGACGAAGCAGAUGUUCUCUUGGAUCCUCUGUUCCGGGAACAGACAUUGGACAUCUGGAAAGCAUGCACACACCCUGAUAUGCGAGUUGGAUUAUGGUCAGCUACGAUGGGAUCCAACAUUGAAGAUCUCACCAAGUCGACAAUCAAAGAGCGACAAGAAGAUCUCGGAAUCAAAGCAAGCGAGUCGCAUGCUCUACUCCGUCUGGUUGUUGGCUUGAAGGACUCCGCCAUCCCCAACAUUGACCACAAACUCGUCUACGCAGCAACAGAGCAGGGUAAACUGCUCGGACUCCGCCAACUCCUUCGCCCCACAGCCGCCUCAGCAUCAGACAUCCGUCUCCGACCCCCCUUCCUCAUCUUCACACAAACAAUUCCCCGAGCAAUCGCCUUACACUCCGAACUCAAAUACGACAUUCCCGCUGAAGCAGGCGGCUCAUCCAGAAUCGCAGUCCUCCACUCAGAUCUCUCAGACGACCAACGCUCCGAGAUCAUGCGUGACUUCCGCAAAGGCGAGAUCUGGAUCCUAGUGACUACCGACCUACUUGCCCGGGGCGUCGACUUCCGCGGCAUCAACGGUGUAGUGAAUUACGACAUUCCAAACUCAGCAGCAGUCUACGUGCACCGCGUCGGCCGGACAGGACGAGCAGGCCGUGAAGGCGGUAUCGCAGUGACAUACUACACAAAAGAAGAUAUCCCCUAUGUCAAGAGCAUCGCCAACAUUAUCGACGUGAGCGAAAAGCUGCGUGGAGGCGAUGGCGAUAAAUCCAUCCAGAAAUGGCUGCUUGACGCACUGCCUAACUUGAGCAAGAAUAGCAAAAAGGACCUCAAGAGGCAUGGAGUUAAGGCGCGGCAGAUGCCUCGAUUGGACAAGGAGAAUGAGGAUGGGAAGAGUGCUCGUGGAAUGCGGAUUAGUACUAAAAGUGGAUUUGAGCGGCGCAUGGAGAAUCGAAAGAAAGGCGCUAUUGCUGCUAGCAAGCAGCGGAAGGCUGCUGCUGGUGAUGGUAAUGUUAGUGAUGCUGGUAGUUGGGGUGGAUUGGAUGAUUAG